AUGAAACGCAGCGGAAACGAUCGCCAUGUGGGGGGUGGUGGAAAGCGUUCGCGUCUGGACAGUUACGAGGAGGCGCUGGCAAACGGGAAGUACGAGCUGAGAUUGCUGGUGACGAGCCGCGGAGCCGGUGGCAUUAUCGGCCGAGGAGGCGAAAAUAUCAAGCGCCUCCGCACCGAGGUACGAUUCUUAAUUCCCUCACUGUUCCGCUGUCUGUCCCAUUUCGAUGAAGAAAUUCCCGUGGUUGUUGAUCCAUGCCAGUUUGGCAGUCAUAGGAUUUCCACUGAUCCUCGGACCGAUUGA